AGGACUUGCACUUGAAUAAAACGCGAGUUUAUUCCUGCGCGAUAGUAAUCUUACGGCAAUCAGUCGUGUUUCGUUGCUGUUACUUUGCAACUGCCUCCUGAAUUUUUGUCUUCCAACGGAUUUCUGGAACUCCGCUUCCUCAAACUUUUUUUUCUGCUUCUCUACAAGUUCAUAGCUCACCUUUAAGCUCUUCCUUGCUAUAGCACUGGACAUCAUUGUCCUCAUCGACGCGGCGGUUUCAUCUGUUUUUUUUUUCUCUGUGCGCGUGUGUUUGUGUGCAUAUUUCUAGCUUUGUUCUUUUCUUGUAAGUGAACACUUGAGAGGCAACGGAGAAACAACGGAGAAACACAAGAACUGGUCAACACAUCGAAACCCUUCAUUGAGCAAAACGUAAACGAGAAAGGGACAAAGACAAAAAUCUCUCGACUGAAAACUGUGAUGUUCCGCCGAAACAUCUUUCAUACGACGGCGCUCCGUCGAGAUGCCGUUCUCAGCAACCCGCACGCCGCAGUUCUUUACAGCGCAAUUCUUCCACGAACGUUUUCAGCGGCAUGUUCCUGGUUGCCUCUUUGCACUACUAAAUGUGGUACUCUGACACAGUCGAUUCGCUGCGCAUCGUCGUCAGCGUUCUCUGAAGCAGCGUCCACUACCACCUCGACUGCGCCGCCAGCAAAAGAUGGCAAGCUGAAAAUCUAUAAAUCGAAACUCCCCUCCGUAUUGGACAGCGUUAACAAGGAAACCACAUUGUACGAUUACUUGAUGAAGCGAAUGGCAGACGCCGACCCAAAUAAACCAGCUGUUAUCCAGGCUGACAAUGGGAAAGUUAUGACCUACCCACAAAUCAUCGAGGCAUCUGAGCACGCCGCGCAGGCCCUUUACGAGGCGGGUGUACGCCGCGGUGAUGUGGUGUGCAUCUGCGCGUUGAAUACAACCUUCUACGGACCUCUGGUAUACGGCGCGUUGCGGUUAGGUGCGGUGGUAUCGAUGGUCAACGCGGUCGCCGCUGCCUCCACCCUUGCCUACCACUUCAAAGCGAACAACGCGAAGGUGGUUCUCGGCAUGCAUUUUUUUCAGCGUCAACUGGAGGAAGCAGUGGAUCUGGUGUUGCGCGAAACGGGGCAACAAGUGACGAUUCUGUUCCCCGAAAGCUUUUUUCGAAAGACCAACAUUCCGCGAAUCCCCAGCGACUACGACGGCUUGAAGGGCGCCACCUUCGAUGACACGGUGGCUCUCCCAUUUUCCAGCGGUACGAUGGGUCUGCCGAAAGGUGUGCAGCUGACGAACCGCUCCCUCAUCGCGUGCACAGAGCAGACCUGCGCCGCUUUCGGUAUCGGACCCGACGCCGUCACAAUUACUGUCUUGCCGUUGUUCCACAUCUUCGGCUUCACAACUUGCCUAAACUGUAUCUCGGCUGUUGGUGCGACACAGGUGGUGAUGAGUAUGUACUCAGUGGACGAGUACGCCAAGAUGAUAGAGAAGCAUCGCGCCACGGUGAACAUGGUGGCCCCGCCAAUUCUCAUCUCGCUGAUGAAGAACAAGGAGCUCGUCCAGCAGCGGGACUUGACUUCCCUGAAGAGCUUUGUGUCCGCUUCUGCGCCGCUGGGCACAGAAGUGGUUCGGAUGGUGGAGGCGAUGCUGCCGGGGACGACUGUCGCGCAAGGCUACGGCUUGACGGAGAUGUCGCCCACUGUCACGGCGCCUGUUAAAGGCAAAAGUUCUACUCCGGGCAGCUGCGGCCGCAUCAUCGGGGACACUGAAAUUCGCAUUGUCAAGGUCGAUGACAGCCAGCAGAGUGGUGCUGACAAGUCUGCCGGCGUUGACGUGCAGGCUGGCGAGGAGGGCGAGAUUUGGGUGCGCGGCCCGCAGUUGAUGAAGGGCUACCUGAGGGACGAGGACACCGCGAUGUGCAUGCAGGAUGGAUGGUUCCGCACCGGCGACAUCGGCAAGAUCCUGCUCAACACCGAGGAACUGAUGAUUACGGACCGGCUGAAGGAGCUGAUCAAGUACAAGGGCUUCCAGGUGUCGCCUGCUGGGCUGGAGGCGCUGCUGCUGAGCCAUCCGUGGGUGAAGGACUGCAUCGUGUUUGGCGUGCCUGAUCCUCGCGAUGUGAGCUUUGAGAACCCGCGUGCGUUGGUGGUGCUGCAGCCGGACGUGCCCACCAAAGACGCCGUGCGUGCCUCGGACGAGCUGUACCGCUUUGUGAUGUCGCGCAUGCCGCCCCACAAGCGCCUGCACGGUGGUGUGCGCAUUGUGGACGAGAUCUCGCGCAAUGCCGCCGGUAAGCUGAUGCGUCGGCAGAUGCGCCAGGAGGAGCUGGCCAUGAUGAAGGCGAGUGCAGCCGAGACGAAGCCAGAAUAG